AUGGAAGAUUCUUAUGAAGACUACGACGAGAUAUCCGGGAUGAUGACUCAGCGUCAGGAGGACGCCACGUGGCACAAUCAGCAUUCAGAUGCCCCGGAAUUCGAGGAGCAGAACGGUGCACCGGGGAAUGGAAGCGGUAGACGAAGGGAGCAGGAAGCUUCUGAAACGUCCCACGAACUUUCCUACCACACGGGGGUUGCUGCAGAUCGAGCGGAAAGAGGCGCUGGUCUAAGAAAGGGGCAAGGGUGCGGGGGUGGGAGGAGGGAUGUUGCAAGGGAGGGGCGAGCGAGUGAGUGGGGGAGGGAGAGGGGGGUCAGUGUAGGGGAGGCGCGUGAGAAAGGUGUGAGUGUGAGGGUGGAGAGUGGGAGAGGUGUGAGUGGGAGGAGGGAUGAUGAGGAAGAGGAGGCGAAAGAGGGGGAAAAAGAGCAUGUGGUGGAGGAGGUGGGAGAAGAGAAGGAUGAGGAGGAGGAAGAGGAGGAGGAAGAGGAGGGGGAUGAUGAAGCUGAUGUGAUGGAGGUUUCAGACACAGAUGGUGAGAGGGAGGAACACGGGACAGAAGCAGGCGAGGAGGAAGGUGGGGAGGGAGGUGGAGGGGAUGGUGGGGAGGAAGAAGAGGUGUAUGGGAGCGUGGAAGAGGUUGACGUGGACUGUCCAAUCUGCGGCUGCCACCUGUCCCAUCUGGAGCCAAUCAGACGCGAGCAGCACUCCAACGCAUGCCUGGAUGCCUGGGGACGGGACAAGGGGGAAGAAGAGGAGACAGAGACUUGCAAAAUGGGAGCCGAUACGGAUGCCAGGGGGAGGGACAGGGGGGAAGAGGAAACGGAGAGGGGGAGAAUGGAUGGUGGUGGCGGAGUGAAGGCCGCAGCAUACGGGAAGCGAGAGGAGAGAGGGGGGAGGGAAGAGGAGGAGGGAGAGCGCUCGAACGCAUGCCUGGAUGAGGAGCGCUCGAACGCAUGCCCGCAUGCGUGGGGAAAGGAUAGAGGGGAAGGGGAAAAGGAGAUGCGCAGAACUGGGGUUGGCGGCAGAGUGACGGGCACAGGGGUGACGCGAGAGGAGAGUGGUGCGAGGGAAGAGGAGGAGGGAGACGAGAAAGAGGAGGAAGAGGAGGGAGAGGAGGGAGAGGAUGAGAAUUCUGCAAUGGCUAGGAUGCUGUGGAGGAGGAUAGAGGCGGAUAGCAUGGGGAUGACGAUGAAGGCUUGGAGGAAAAAGUUGGUGGAGGUGAGGGGAGAGGAGUGUGAGGAAGAGGAGGAACAGGAGGGGAAGGACAAUGGAGAGAAGGGAAAAGGAGAGAGGGAGGCGGAGGAAACUGAGGAAGUGGAGAAUGAAAGGCGGCAAUUGGUUGGACAAUCAGGUGAUGUUUCAGGUGGUUUAUCAGGUGCUGCUGCUGCCCAGAAGCGGCUAAUCACCGACUUCUUUGGAGGCAGCAACAGGCACAGGCCACCCCAGCAGCAACAGCAACAGAAAGCAAUUGGGGAUGUCGCCCCAACGGCUGGGAUUCCCAGUGGCCUGCAGCAAGGAGCAGGACGGGGUGUGAGGUGGGGAGGAAGGUUCGAAGGGAGGGGCGGGAGUGGGAGAGGUGGAGGUGGAGUGAGUGGGAGCGGGGGAGGAGGGAUGUCAAGGGGCAGAGGUGGAGGCUGGAAUGGGGGAAGAGGGAGAGGUGGGGUGUUGGUGCCAGAGGAUGCAUUCAAGCGCACCUCGCCCUCCUGCCACCACUGGUUCCUCACUCACUUCCACGCUGACCACUACAACGGUCUGACCAAAUCGUUCCGCUUUGGCACCGUCUACUGCUCCCCAGUCACUGCACGGCUCGUCAAACUCCGUCUCGGGCUGCCCGGAGAGAAAAUUUGCGAGCUGCCCAUGGGCGAGCGGGUGGAGAUUGCAGGCGUGGGAGUGACACUAAUGGAUGCGAACCACUGCCCGGGGGCAGUUAUGAUUUUGUUCGAGCCUCCUAACGGACAGGCAGUGCUCCACACGGGCGACUUCAGAUGGCACCCCUCCAUGGCGGCUCUGCCCAGCCUCGCUGCAACGUGCAUUCACACACUCAUCCUCGACACCACCUACUGCCACCCCAAGUACGAGUUCCCUCCUCAGGAGGCGGCGCUGCAGUUUGUGGUGGAGGCCAUUCAAGCAGAGGCCUUCAACACCAGUGCGCUCUUCCUCCUCGGCACCUACACCAUCGGCAAGGAGAAGGUGUUUUUGGAAGCAGCCAAAGCUCUGAAGCGGAAAGUGUAUGUGGGGGCGGUGAAGAGACGCCUGCUGGCAUGCCUUGGUUUGUCAAAUGAUGACAUGGCGUGGGUGGCUGGGGACGGCGAGGAAGCUUCCACGAACCUGCACGCCGUGCCGCUAUGGUCCAUCUCCAGCUUCAAGAGAAUUGAGCACAUUGCCAAGUUCCACAGGCAACGCUAUUCCACCAUUAUUGCCUUCUCGCCAUCCGGCUGGGCGUUUGACAAGUGCAAGAAGGCACGACCCAUCAGGCGAACACAGCGAGGCACCAUCGUGAG